UCUAGUUGAUCAGCUGACGGUGCAUGCUGGGAGACCGUCGCCCCCCUGGCAACACCAGAAAGAUAAACACCAACACACUUGCGUUUGCGCUGAAGGAAAAAAUAGUCUUGAAAUGGAAAAAAUGCAGGCUGAAGACGCGCGGUAUCUGAAAAGGAGGGUGAGGAGCAGCGGUCUGGACGUGCACCCCACUGAGAGAGCCCUGGUGGUGCAGUACGAGGUGGAGGCGACCAUCCUGGGAGAGCUGGGUGAUCCGAUGGUCGGCGAUCGCAAGGAAUGCCAGAAAAUCAUCCGGCUGAAGAGUCUGAACUCCCACACAGACAUCGCGUCACUGGCCCGGAAGGUGGUGGAAGAAUGCAGACUCAUCCAUCCAUCCAAACUCCUGGAGGUGGAACAGUUACUGUACUACCUGCAGAACCGCAAAAAUGACAAGCCAGAAAAGCAUCAGCUUUCCACCAGGAACCUUACCCAGUACGCAGGAGUGGAGCUGGACGAGGAGGCCAGUAUCAGCAGCAUUGAGGAGUACGUGGAGCUCCUCUAUGAAGACAUCCCGGAGAAGGUGCGAGGGGCCACCCUUAUUCUGCACCUGGCCCGUAACCCUGACAACCUGGAAGAGCUCAUGCAGAACAAGACGGCCCUUGGAGCCCUCGCCCGGGUCCUGAGGGAGGACUGGAAGCAAAGCGUUGACUUGGCAACGACCAUCAUCUACGUGUUCUUCCACUUCUCCAGUUUCUCCCAGUUCCACGGCCUGGUGACCCACUAUAAGAUGGGAGCUCUGUGUAUGAACAUCGUGGAACAUGAGCUGAAGCGCUACGACCUCUGGCAGGAAGAGCUUCAGAAGAAGCAGAAGGCCAGCCACGACGACCCCGAGAACCAGACUGCAAAGAAGGAGUGCGAGAAAUCUCUGAAAAAGUACCAGAGUCUACUGGUCAAGCAGGAGCAGCUUCUAAAAGUGGCUCUGUUCCUGCUGCUGAACCUGGCAGAGGACACGCGCACCGAGCUCAAGAUGAGGAACAAGAACAUCGUCAGCAUGCUGGUGAAGAUCCUGGAGCGCCACGGAGAGGAGGUGCUGGUGCUCGCAGUGGCCUUCCUCAAGAAGCUCUCCAUCUUCCUGGAGAACAAGAACGACAUGGCGGAGAUGCAGGUGGUGCAGCGGCUGGCCCUGUUGGUGCCCUGUGACAGCCUGGAGCUCCAGAACACCACCCUGAGGCUGCUCCUCAACCUGUCCUUCGACACGGGCCUCCGCAGCCAGAUGGUGCAGGCCGGCCUCAUCCCCAAGCUCUCCUCCCUGCUAGCUGACGAGGGCCAGAGACAGCUGAGCAUGUUCAUUCUGUACCACAUCAGCGUGGACGACAGAUUCAAGUCCAUGUUUGCCUACACGGACUGCAUACCCCAGAUAAUGAAGAUGGUGUUUGAGUGCGGUGAGGACCGGAUGGACACUGAACUCAUCUCCUUCUGCAUCAAUCUCGCCGCCAACAAAAGGAACGCACAGGUCAUCUGUGAAGGGAAUGGACUGAAGAUGUUGAUGAAGAGGGCUUUGAAGCUCAAGGACACUCUCAUGAUGAAGAUGAUCAGGAACUUGUCUCAACACGACGGGCCCACCAAGAGCCUCUUUAUAGACUACGUUGGUGACCUGGCCGCCCAGAUCAGCGAGGAGGAGGCAGAGGAGUUUGUGAUCGAGUGCCUGGGCACCUUGGCCAACCUCACGGUAGCUGAUCUGGACUGGGAGCUGGUCCUGAAGGAGUACCACCUGGUGCCCUACCUGAAGGACAGACUCAAGCCAGGCUCGGCCGAGGACGACCUCAUCCUGGAGGUGGUGAUCAUGAUCGGCACCAUCGCCAUGGACGACGCCGGCGCUGCCAUGUUGGCUGAGGCGGGCGUCAUCCCCGACCUCAUCCAGCUGCUCAACGCUCAGCAGGAGGACGAUGAGUUUGUGUGCCAGAUCGUCUUCGUCUUCUACCAGAUGGUCUUCCACCAGGUCACCCGGGACAUCAUCAUCAGAGACACGCAGGCCCCUGCCUACCUCGUGGACCUGAUGCACGACAAGAACGCAGAGAUCCGCAAGGUGUGCGACAACACCCUGGACAUCGUGGCCGAGUGUGACGAGGCGUGGGGCAGAAGGAUCCAGAGUGAGAAGUUCCGCUGGCACAACUCCCAGUGGCUGGAGAUGGUGGAGAGCCAGCAGCUGGACUCGGCCGGGGAGCCCUACGUGUUCGGGGACGACCCCGGCAACGGGGACCCCUUCCUGGACAGCGAAGACAUGAUCCUGGAGAGACCCGACCUCUUCUACGGCGCAGACGGGGCCAUCAGUCCAGAGUUCUUCAUCGACCUCCAGAACGGAGACAUGGGCCAGACGCCGGGCUUCAUGGGCAGUCUAGCGGAGCAGUGUGUGGCUGCUGCCCCCGGGGGGCGACCCGCCACCGCCUACGGCUUCCGGUCCGACGAGCAGUUCCUCUACAACUACCUCGCUACCGCCUCCCGCUAGCUGGAGUUACCGGUUACACACACACACACCACUACAGCCAAAGCUAUUGGUUAAAUACAUAUAAACAUGCACACACAUAUUUCUGUGAAGAUAUUUGUAUGUUAAUGCAUGAUUAAUAUAAACCUUUGACAUAAAAUAUAUAUAAAUGGUUAUUGAAAUAAUUAAAUUAUAGUUCUAUAUUAUAUAAUUCUAAGCCAGUAAACUCAUGUAAUAGCAUUAUGUAUUCAAUAGGCAUAGUUAUUCAAAUGGUGUAAAAUGUGUUAAGAAACCGUGUAAUGUAAAUAAGAAGCCAGGUAUUUAAUGUGUGCCUGUAUCCCGAGGUGCGUCUGGUGGGCCGGGUGAUCCGGGUAGUUCCGGUCCUCCGACCGGGCCGGGCCGGGGGGGGUGAUCCGGGUAGUUCCGGUCCUCCGACCGGGCCGGGGGGGGUGAUCCGGGUGGUUCCACUCGGACCGGGCGAUCGCUGAGAGUUACCCGUUCCACCUCUUUGCACUUCGUUCAAAUCCAACACUGGACCGAUUGUCAUUCGGACAUUGAAAACAUGUCGUUGUUUGGAAUAUGCAAAAAGAUAAAUUGAAUGUAUUUCAUGCUUUUGCUGCAAAAAAUGUUCAGGAGUUCUGCUUAUUUAGAUGUUUUGUAUUUGUUGAACAAUGUGCCUAAUAUGCUGCUGGUUUCAGGAUGCCUUCUGUGUUACUGUCAAUAAAAUAUGGAUGAACAACUG